GAUUCUGCCCCCAGGCGAUCCCCGACGGUCCGACCCUCGUCAUCCAUUUCCUUUGGAGUGUGUGUCGUUUCCCCUCAUGCUCUUGUUUCUCUCUCCUCUUUUUUGUGUUUUCUUCGUGAUCGUAAACACACACCAACUCACGCACACACAUAAGACCAGAGACACGGCCACCCCAGCUCCGACGAUGAUUAUCCCCAAGUACUCUCGUUGAAAACCACGCGCGGCGGUCAUAACCCUCUCAUCAACGUUCCCUAGAGACCAGUCCGUACAUAUUAUACCCCUCGUCUCGUCGGAACUCCUCAUACCCCCCACGAUGAAGUCCCUCGCCAUCCUCUCCGCCAUCGCCGCCACCGCCUCGGCGGCCUCCGUCGCGGCGGCGGGCAGCGCCAAGCGCGUGAGCUACGACGGCACCAAGGUGUUCCGCGUGUCGGUCGGAGACGAGGUCGACCGGAUCAACAGCGUCGUCGACAAGCUGCAGCUGAGCACGUGGAAGGGCGCGCCGAGGGCCGGCGCGCUGGCCGACAUCGUGGUGCCGCCGACCGAGGUGGCCGCCUUCGAGGCCGAGAUCGCCGGCAUGAACGUCACCACCAUGCACGAGGACCUCGGCGCCGCCAUCGCCGACGAGUCGAGCUUCUCGCUCUACGCUGUUGGCUCAGCCGACGCCACAUGGUUCAACUCGUACCACGCCUACGCCGACCACCUCAAGUUCCUCAACGACCUGGUGGCGUCGUACCCCAACAACGCGGCCAUCGUCACGUCGGGCAAGUCGCUGCAGGGCAACACCAUCACGGGCAUCCACAUCCACGGCACCGCCUCCAAGGGCGUCCGGCCGGCCGUCGUCUUCCACAGCACCGUCCACGCGCGCGAGUGGAUCAGCACCAUGGCCAACGAGUACAUUGCCUGGAACCUGCUGAGCAAGUACUCGACCGACGCCGAGAUCCGGGGCUUCGUCGACAAGUACGACUUUUACAUCUUUCCCGUCGUCAACCCUGACGGCUUCAUCUACACGCAGACGACGAACCGUCUGUGGCGCAAGAACCGCCAGACCACCCCCGGCAGCACUUGCAUCGGCCACGACAUCAACCGCAACUGGCCCUUCCAGUGGUCCGUCACCGGCGGCGCCUCGACGAACCCCUGCGACGAGGACUUCAAGGGCGUCACCCAGGGCGACGCCCCCGAGACCGCCGCCCUCUCGGCCUGGCUGGCCCGCACCAAGGCCGCCCAGGGCCUCAAGCUCUUCAUCGACUUUCACGCCUACUCGCAGCUCUUCAUGACCCCCUACGGCUACUCGUGCUCCGCCGUCUCGGCCAAGAACACCGAGCUGCAGAGCCUCGCCCGCGGCGCCGUCGCCGCCAUCAAGGCCGUCCACGGCACCUCGUACCGCUACGGCCCCAUCUGCUCCACCAUCUACAAGGCCACCGGCAGCAGCGUCGACUAUGUCAACGACGUCGUCAAGGCCGACUACACCUUCACCCAGGAGCUCCGCGACACGGGCAACUACGGCUUCGUCCUGCCCGCCGCCCAGAUCCUGCCGACGAGCGAGGAAACGUACGCGGGCAUCCGGUAUCUGCUGCAGAACAUGAAGUAGAGACGACGCUGGUGAUCGGCAGUUGGGGGGAGGUUUCUUUUUUCUCUUUUUUUUU